AUGCAGAGGAUCGUUAUAGUGGCCAUGCUUAUCGAACAAAUGAUCAAGAAGUUUUACAAAGAUUCGCCAUCGAAAGACGUGAGAUAUGUGAGCGAUGAACUUCGACUUUCCUUUCCUUGUUCGUCGAUCGACAUUGUUCAGGCUGAUCUGAAGUCGUGUAUCGAUGAAAAGGGCUAUAUGGCCUUGAAUGGAAUCAAUAAAUGGCAAAAGGCUGUCCUCGGGAACCAGCGGGGCAUGUUUCGAUCCGACAAAGACGAUCCCGAAGUAAAAGCUCCCUCGACAACGCGCAAAUAG